CUGGCGGGAGGAGUAAAGAUGGCGGUGCGGGGGUCUCCGCCUUCUGCUCCCGGCUGAAGCGCUCCGAGAGAAGCUGCAGCGGCAACUGGGGCAGCAAUAGCAAUCCAGGGGUGGUAGUUUCAGCAGCAGCUGCUGAGGCCGGAGCAAUGGCGGAGCUAGAGCACCUGGGCGGGAAGCGGGCAGAGUCCGCGCGAAUGCGGCGGGCUGAGCAGCUUCGGCGCUGGCGGGGCUCGCUGACAGAGCAGGAACCCGCGGAGCGACGAGGCGCGGGGCGGCAGCCGCAGACUCGUCGCGGGAGCCCUAGGGUCCGCUUCGAGGACGGUGCUGUUUUCCUGGCCGCUUGCUCUAGCGGGGACACCGACGAGGUGAAAAAGCUUCUGGCCAGAGGUGCCGACAUCAACACGGUCAACGUGGACGGCUUGACAGCCCUGCACCAGGCCUGUAUUGAUGAAAAUUUGGACAUGGUGAAGUUUCUGGUGGAGAACAGAGCCAAUGUAAACCAGCAGGACAACGAGGGCUGGACACCCCUUCAUGCAGCAGCUUCCUGUGGCUAUCUCAACAUAGCAGAGUAUUUCAUUAACCAUGGAGCCAGUGUGGGUAUUGUGAAUAGUGAAGGUGAAGUCCCCUCUGACCUUGCAGAAGAGCCUGCCAUGAAGGAUCUUCUUCUGGAGCAAGUGAAGAAGCAAGGAGUUGAUCUAGAGCAGUCACGAAAAGAAGAGGAACAACAGAUGUUACAGGAUGCCCGCCAGUGGCUCAACAGCGGGAAACUAGAGGAUGUAAGGCAGCCUCGCUCAGGGGCCACAGCCCUCCAUGUGGCUGCUGCCAAGGGCUACUCUGAGGUCCUCAGACUUUUAAUCCAGGCUGGCUAUGAACUCAAUGUUCAGGAUUAUGAUGGCUGGACUCCCCUCCAUGCUGCUGCACACUGGGGAGUGAAGGAGGCUUGCUCCAUCCUGGCAGAAGCACUCUGUGACAUGGAUAUCAGGAACAAACUGGGCCAGACACCAUUUGAUGUGGCUGAUGAGGGUCUUGUGGAGCACUUGGAGAUGCUCCAGAAGAAGCAGAAUGUGCUUCGAAGUGAAAAAGAGACACGGAAUAAGCUCAUUGAGUCAGACCUGAACAGCAAGUUGCAGAGUGGACUUUUUAAGAACAAAGAGAAGAUGCUUUAUGAAGAAGAGGUACCCAAGUCCCAAGAAAUGGAGGAGGAAAGCAAAGAGUCUAGCAGCUCCAGCUCAGAGGAGGAGGAAGGUGAAGAUGAAGCUUCUGAGUCAGAAACUGAGAAGGAAGGAGAUAAAAAGCCAGAAGCCAUUGUCAACCAUUCCAACUCUGAAAGCAAGAGUAUUAUCACGGAACAGAUACCACCACCGGCUCAGAAUACCUUCUCUGCUUCUUCAGCUAGGAGAUUCUCCUCCAGCCUUUUUAAUAAGCCGGAAGAGCCCAAAGAUGAAUCUCCUUCUUCGUGGAGACUGGGACUCAGAAAAACUGGCAGCCAGAACAUGCUGAGUGAGGUGGCCAAUUCUAGGGAAGCUCUAAGGGACCGAGGCUCUUCUAUCUACCGGUCAUCAUCAAGCCCUCGGAUUUCUGCUCUGCUGGACAACAAAGAUAAGGAGAGAGAAAACAAAAGCUAUUUUAGUUCACUAGCGCCCCGGAAGCUCAGCAGCACGAGUGACAUUGAAGAAAAGGAGAACAGAGAAUCAGCUGUUAAUCUAGUGAGGAGUGGUUCGUAUACACGGCAGCUGUGGAGGGAUGAAGCAAAGGGAAGUGAAACUCCACAGACAGUUGCUCCUUCUACCUAUGUAUCAACCUACUUGAAAAGGACUCCUUACAAAUCCCAGGCUGACUCAACAGCAGAGAAAACAGCAGACAAUGUCUCUUCUAGCACCCCGCUCUGUGUGAUCACUAAUCGACCUCCACCUAACACUGCCAAUGGGGUUACAACUGCCACUCUGCUCUCCACUCCUGGAACAGACUCCUCUGUGGAAGCCAGGGACAGGAGGAGGUCGUAUCUGACUCCUGUACGGGAUGAGGAAGCAGAGUCUUUACGGAAAGCACGCUCCAGACAAGCUCGGCAGACUCGAAGGUCUACUCAAGGCGUGACACUAACAGACCUUCAGGAAGCAGAAAGGACUUUCAGCCGGUCAAGAGCAGAACGGCAAGCUCAGGAGCAGCCUAGCCAGAAGUCCGCAGGCACUGAAGGGCUUGAAGGAAGCUCGGAGAAGCAUGAGCCCUCAGCGGUCCCAGCAAAGGAAGCUGGCGAGGGCCGUCAACCCUGGGGUGGGAGUCUGGAUGAAGAACCUGUCUGUCGUCGCCUGAGGUAUCCGGUUCAGCCAGACAAACCCACAACGCCAGUGUCUCCUUCUGCAUCAAGAUCCUCUCUCUACACCAGCUCCCAUCUGCUACGGACAAGCAGAUCUUCAGUCCCUGACUCUGAGAGUCCAGAGACCACCACAAACGCCGCAGUUGCAAAGGAAAUGGACAAGAAUGAGAGUGAAGAAGCAGAUGUGGAUGAUCAGUCCUCUACUAGACUGUCCAUCCGUGAGAGGAGGCGGCCCAAGGAACGACGACGAGGCACGGGCAUCAAUUUCUGGACAAAGGAUGAAGAUGAAACUGACGUCUCUGAAGAGGUAAAAGCAGCACUGGUAAGUAAGUGGCAAGCCAGUGAGCAUGAAAGACUUUCUAGGUUGGAAUCAGGAGGUAGUAACCCUACAAGCAGUGAUUCUUACAGUGACCGGGCCUCAGCAAGAGCCCGCCGCGAGGCCCGGGAGGCCCGCCUUGCCACCCUGACCAGCCGCGUGGAGGAGGACAGCAACAGGGAUUAUAAAAAACUCUAUGAGAGUGCCCUGUCUGAAAACCAAAAACUGAAAACAAAACUUCAGGAGGCCCAGCUAGAGCUAGCAGAUAUAAAGUCCAAGCUUGAGAAGAUGGCCCAGCAGAAACAAGAGAAGACCUCUGACCGAUCAUCAAUGCUGGAGAUGGAGAAACGGGAGAAGCGAGCCUUGGAGCGGAAAAUGUCAGAGAUGGAGGAGGAGAUGAAGAACCUCCACCAGCUAAAACAGAUUCAAACCUUGAAGCAGAUGAACGAGCAACUGCAGGCUGAGAACAGGGCCCUGACCCGAGUUGUGGCCAGACUCUCGGAGUCCGUCGAGUCCUCGGAAACCCAGGAACUCUAGUUCUUGCCCCUCUUCUCCACCUCACUUCCCUCCUCCACCACUCCAGGUGUUAACAGAACUGAAAUCCGACAACCAGAGGCUGAAAGAUGAAAACGGUGCCCUCAUCAGAGUCAUCAGCAAACUAUCCAAAUAGACUAGGCUCCCGAUUUAGGAGGGAAAGGGCAGGAUUUGCUGCCCCCACCCCUCUUCUGCAGCCAUUGCCUUCCAACCAAAAGAAGUGACUGUUUUGGUGGAAGGAUAACGUCUUUCUGACCCUCCUCCGGUCACCUCCUCUGCACUGUACAUUUCCUCUGCACUCUCAGUGCCCUGUUCCUCCCAUGCCCCCCACCCCCUGAGUUUUAUGACAGUUUUAAUUGAAGCAUGAUUGUGAUCAUUUGAGCCAUCUGGAGAAGGCCUUGGGGAGUACACCAGGCUCAGCUGUGGACCCCAGCUUCCUGCUGCUCAGCUACUUGUCCACAUUGGAUUUGGUCCAAACAUGUAAGGCCUCUAGCCAGACCAGUACCCCACAGCCUUUUCCACUGACCCAGUGUCCUCUGAUAUAGGUGAAUCUUACGGUGGCCAUUCCAGGAUCCUGUCUGGGAUGCCAAGAGAAACAGGAUGUUGGCAUAAUCAUCGGACAGCCUCUAGAGCUGUGUUUCCAUUAGAUUCCAAGGUGACAAUGACUCUGCAUUGAAGGUCUCUGCUAGUCUGCACCUCUCAGGAACUGACUUUUCUCUGACUCCUUGCUGGUGUUACUGUUACUUUUUCUAUCAACAACCCAGUAACAUCCCUGAUUAGUCUUAAUUCCUAUUCUUCCUUCAUGCCUGGCCCCCUUCCCCGGGGCUCAGAUGACCCUGGCUUCCUUUAUUCCUUUCCUUUCUAUCCUUCUAUUUUCCUUUCUGUCUCCCCUUCACCACCUUACCACAUGGUGUAAAAGCUAGAACAGAGCAUCUGACCUCACUUGUCUUUGGCCAUUAUGGAAAAUCAUUUCUCCUGGGGCGCUCUGGAGACCAGAAGAAUUGCCUUGGCGGCACCACGGGUCCUCUUGCUGAAAAGCCAGACCCUGGCAUAAGUGCCAGCCCCCUGUUCUCACCUCCCACUUGUUUUCCCUACACAGUGAUUUUCUUUAUUAGAAAAUCUGGGCUCUGAACACCCCAUUCUGCCUCACCUCCUUUUGACCUUGUUUUCCUCUCUUCACUCUGGCACCUGCUCCUAAUGAGAAAGGAAGUCCUUGUAAGGAGGCAUGAGAGCUGGGGAGGGUGGAUGGGUGGGAGGCGGACCAGGGAGUGGAAGCAGGUCGGAAAGACAUAUAUGGUGUAAGUAGAGUAUCUGGGGACACUCGCAACCUUGUGACAAAGAAGAUAGAAGAUAGAUCGUGCUGUGGUAAUGGUGGUGAAUGUGAUUAUUUCUGGUGGCUAGAUUUAGGGGAGAGACAUCUGUUUUCUUAGAAGCCAACAGGAGAAAUGACUUCUUGUUAGAGGUUUGAAGUGAUGAGAUCCUCCCAACCCAUUGAUGAGAGUCACGGAAUCUUAGAGUGGCAAAGCCCAGAGGUCAUUUGGUUGAGCUUUCUGUUGUCACAUCACAGGGACCCCCACCUGCACCCUACUGCCCCAGCUCUGACCCACAGUCAGGUAGCCGUGCAUUUAUUCCUCGAAAGGUGGGCGACUCUAAUAAGCAGAAAGCUUUUACUAAGGUGAGUCAGGGUCUGCCCCUGGGUGCUCCACACGGUCCAGAGUGCCCUUUGAUGUGACAGCCCCUUGUGUAGUUGGUCACCUCCCCUUAACCUUACUUCCAACUGGCGUUUUCCCGGUCCUUUAAGGCAUUCCUCACAUAGCAUACUUCUCCUGCAUGUCACAUCUCGUCUGUCCUCGUCUGGACAAAAACAACCUUUUAAAAUAUCAUGCCCAAACCUGGACAGAUACUCCGUUAGCACAAAAUGAAACAGUUAGUCCUUGAUGAUGACCCCAGAGUAAUACCUAACGUAUUUGGUCUUUAUAGGCAUUUUCUCCCUUGGUGGGUUUAUUUUGAGUGUGCAGGUCGUUUAAGUCCUCCUCAUUUGGCCAUGGUAUUCAGUGCUUAGAGUGGUCCAUUCUCUUAACAUAUAUACUACCUCUGUCCAUUUUUUAAUCUCUUUCCCGAAAAUGACAAUGUAGUUCUCCAUGGCCCUCUGAAACAUUACAUGCUCUUUAAACCAGAGUUUAUCAUUCAAGAGCCUAAUUCCAGAAUAGGAAAUAUGUCUCCCCUAGCAAGACCCCAUUUUUAGAAUAUCCAAAAUUCUCUCUUCCGUUUCCAACCAUUUUCCAAGAGAAGCUACUACUGAUUAGGAUUUUGUAUGAGCAUGGGAGCACUGUCAGCUCAGUUCUCAGGGAAGGCUAAAUUAGAGUAAAAUGUUUCCUCACUUCCACUGUAAACAUCUUCUUCAUUCUAGGGAGAGGGAAAAUCAAAACAAGGUGUUGACUAAUUGAUUCUCCUGGCACAUCCUGGAUAUUGGGCAAGGCAUGGGGGUGGUUGCUGCCUCUUUCUCAGGAAAAGAAAACUGAAUUAUUAGGAAAACAUUUGACCCUCUCCCAUUAGAUAGACCGGGUAAAGGGGUUACAGAGAGUUCCCUCAUCUGUUUGUGCCUUUCAAAAGCGUGGGACAGCAUCUAUAAACUCUUAGGUUGGUGUCAUGGCCUGCUGCGUCACACAGCCUUUUCACAUUAAAGAUGCCUUUUCUUGCCAGAAAGUUUUCCUUGUGAUGAAAAAUUCACAAGCUUUUCAAUCUCAGGAAUAUUGGAUUCUAUGGCCAAGAAAUCAUGAAAGUGUAAACCAUGCGAGGUAAUUUCAGGCACCCUCUCUUAUGCAAUUAAUUUUACCAGACAGAUAGACCCUGAAUUCUGGUCCCUUCCCGGAGAAUAAAAUACCCUUUCUUCACAGUUGCUUUGACUCGAAGCCCCAGGAGCGAUGGUUAGAGACCUAAUGACCAGCCGCACGCUCUGGGUGCCAACAGCCAGCAGGCCUCCCUCCUCUUGUGCUGUUGGUCUCUUCAGUGGCCACAGACCUCCUGUCCUCCACCUGCUGGUUCGGACUCCCAAGAGCACCCCAGAUAGCUCAAGCUGCACGAGUACUGCUGGUCCGGCCAACAAUUUGGGGCUCAGCUGUGCUGUGUCAUUUUAGGGUCUUUACAUGAAAUAUCAGAAUGGGGAUGAGAAGGUUCUCGGUACAACUUUAUAUCCUCUGUUCUCAUUUAUUUGAUAUUUUUCAAAGCAAGCCACACCUUUGAGAGUAAUGAUUCAGCCAUUCCAGAGAUUCUCUGGCUGAGGUUUCACUGCUUUGCCUAUUUGUCUUUCAAGGGCUGCAUGCUCUUUUCCAGAUAGCUCUUGGGCAUGAUGACCCCUAGUCCCAGUCCCAGUCUCUAGUGCAACAGAGUUAUGCAAACCUUGGGGUGUUGCCUCUAAAGAAUCUAAAGAAUAGACAUGCCCUGGGUUUGUUCUGUGCGCUGAAUUCUCUGUUGGGCAGUCUCACUUGAUAUGUCCUGGAACUUCCCUGGCUUUUUCUGUCCAACUGCAGGAUGUGUUCGCUUCUCUUCUGCGCCUUCCUAUCUCCCACCCCAUGUUUGAGACCAGGAUGUAUUUAUUGCUCUCUGAGGCCAUGUGCUUCUCCUGCCCAAAACAAAACGUCCUUAUUCGACAGUUCUGCCCAGAAACGAGAAGGCUGAAACCCCGUGUAUUAGCCUGUGAAUCCCACAAAAACGUGUGUGAACUACUGUUUUGAUAUCAAGGGCUUUUAAGUGAGCCAGGGGUGAGAGAAGAAGAAACUCUCAAAGCCACGCAUUUGGUUUGGUCUCUGGAUUUCUGGCCCCAGUGCAGCCUCCCCUAGCCAGACAGAUAGACUGCCUCCCCUUGGACGAAGGCCGGCGUUUCCGUCCUGACCAUGUUGGCAGUCCUGCAGCAGGAGAAGCAUGGAGAUGAGAGAUGAGCUAUUGACAAGAUUGCCAGUUAUUCAGCUUCCAGGUUGCUCUGCCCCACAAAAGGGAAAGCCUAAAGGACUCAGCAACUGAGCCACUAGGCAGGGGGAAUUCCUGGUACCAACCCGCUGGGGGAGCCGCUGGUUCCCCUGGAGCGUAACACUGAGGUGACCCUACCUGGGCGCUGGCUGGGGUCCUUCCCUCCUGGCCAUUCCCAGGGGCCACUGUUCGUGCUAGCGCUGCGCCUAACUCUAGACACAGAGUUAGCAGCCCCAAAUCUAGGCCCAAUUAUAACUGCAGAUCUUGGUCCCCACACUAAUUUUUAAGGCAGGUUUCAACCCAUCAAAGGAUGUGAGUCCUCUCACCCAAUAAGCAAGGCAGCCUUGAGGGCAGAAAAAGGCAAGAGGAAGGGAUAAGCCCCUAGGAGUCAGAAUAGCUGGGUUCUAGGGCCAGCUCUUAUUAGCCACGUGACCUUGGGAAAGUCACCUUCCCUGUCUGCAGAAUGCAGUUGGACUGGAUUGUCCUUAAGAUCCCUUCCAGGCUUACAAUUUCUAUUCCUAGGAAGAUCAGAACAUUUUUUUUUUAAGUGUAACUUUUUUUUUUUAAGAUUUUAUUUAUUUAUUAGAGAGAGAGAGCGAGAGCAGGAACACAAGCAGGGGGGAGUGGGAGAGGGAGAAGCAGGCUUCCCGGCGAGCAGGGAGCCCGAUGUGGGGCUCGAUCCCAGGACCCUGGGAUCAUGACCUGAGCCGAAGGCAGACGCUUAACGACUGAGCCACCCAGGCGCCCCAGAAUAUUUCUUAAAAUUGGAAUUUUUGCUCUUGUUUUCUUCUGAAUUCAAACUGUUUAACAUUAGCACGUCAAGGUUGACUUCUCAUCCUUGUUAGAAAGUGAAUUUAAUAUUGAGGGUAAUUGAAUGGUGUUGCAAUUGCUUUCCCUCCUAAUGGCUUGGUAAGAAUAUUAAAACCUGCAGAGGUGGAAAUUGGAGCUCAUGGGGAAAUGGAUAGAAAGCAAUUUGUUGCGGGCAGCCUUUGGACAAGUUGUUUUAAUAGGAAAUAGAGCUGCUGCUUCAUAGAUUUCCUCAGCCCUCUCGAAUGUGGUCUCCGUGGCCCUUAACGUCCAAAGGGCAGACAUUGCCUUUCUGCUUAGCACCAGCUUACAGCAGCAAGAGAAUUUUCCUCAAUGAAAACCUCAACCUUCUAGUUCUGUGAAGCCCCUCUGGAUUCUGGGCUAUCAGAAGUAGGAGGUUCUAGUGCUGUUGAGGAUGACCCUUCCUUUAAGCAGGUCUGCAGAGGAGACUACCAGUGCAGGAAGAGGUCAUAGACCCUAAGUCCACACAGCCGUAUUGCAUAGAACAGCACUCAGCUCUGAAAAGCCUCCUGCAGGACUGGGUGUGAGUGGAGUGAAAGGACAGAGACCCUGAAAGUGAAGGUGGCCCGUGAGCUGCGGUGGGAAGGUGGGAAGGUGGGAAGGAGGCAGAACGAAGAGCAGGGCAGAGGCUGCCAGCACCAGAGGAGGGGGUCACUGAGAGGUCGAGCUGCGUGCAGGGAAAUGAGUGCUAGUCACUGGUACCCUGGUCCCUUGGCCUCCAGCAGAGCGGAGAUUUUAAUCAGCUUCCCUAAUGGGUAUCGACAUUGCUUGGGAGCAGUAGAUCCUAUCAAGGACAGCUAUUGAUCGCUUGUGUUCUGAUUAGAUUGGAAAACAGAUCGACUUCACUGCGGCGCAGGCACUGUUACUGCCAGAGCUACGAGGGAGGAGGUAGUCUUUGGGGGCUGAGAAAAACCAAGUCAAGAAUCUCGACCAGCCUGCCAGCAGCUGCAGGAUAAAAGAGAUGCAUUCACUUCUCCUUUGGGAUUUGUGGUUGAGGGUCCAAAUUGAACCUAGCUGUGGCUUGCAGCCCAGUGUCCCCUCCUUGGGAAGAACGUGGGAAGUGGGUAUGUUCAAAGACAGACACCACUGGUGAGUGAUGGAUUGAUGAAUGAUCUGAUCUUACCUAAAGAGGUGUGACGAUUGGGAGAUGACUCUUGCUUCUAACCUGCCUGCAUACACGUGCACAUUUGCUAGGCUGGCGUAUUCUUGAACCAAUUUUAUCCAAGUGUAUUAUUCUGUUAAUUCAUAUCUUUUGCUUUUCCCCUAUCCUUCCAGUCCCCCAAAGGCCUUCUCUCUGAGCCAUUUUCCAGUCCCAUCUGCUUAUCAUUUUGGACUGUGAAUCUGCCAGAGUGAUCCUUUCUGUUAUUUCUCCUUCAAAUUUCCCCCUCAUGCUUCCAAUAAACUUCUUGGGUGUCCCCUUAAAAUGACAUGAGGAUGCUUUUAUGUCCUUCCAAACAAACAAACAUACCAUUCACCCUUCCUCUCCCAUCUCCCUCCAUUCUUUGUUCUCUGCUUUUCUCACUUGGAGGUAAUGAUACAUAGGAGGUUUUCCGCACAUCAGCCAUGAUUCCUGUUCCAGUUCCAUCCACCAACAAUGACUGCCACCACCCCUCUUCUAGUUUCAAAGGCCCCUGGCCGUGCUAAUAGCCUCUCAGAGAUGAGGUUUGAAUGGUAGGCAUGUCUGACUUGUCCGUAGCCUGGCCAGGGAGACCAUGGGUAGCCAUGUCUAGCUUACUCAGUCUUUGUCCUGAGAGGUUUGACUAUUUCCAGCUAGAGACAGAGUGUCUUGCCAGGAAAAACUUAGCCCAUUGCUGCCUUGCUGGAGGAGAUUCAGGAAAGGCACACUGACUGCAGGGAGCCUCUUAGAGCCUCUGAUGUUCCCAAAAAACCAGAAUAUCAGAAUUGAGGAUGAGUGCAGAUCCUGCGCUCACUAGACUCUCACCUUAACUUAUCUGACCUUGUCUUUCCUCCCUCCCACCGCACUGAAGCCUGGGACAGAUUCCAGCUGUCCUCUGGUGAAGAAGGCCAGAUAACGAGAGGUUGGAGGAAGGAGGACAUAGAGGCUCAAGCAGAGAACACCAGGAGACGGGCUGCAGGGGUGGGAGAGGGUUCUGAGAGGAUGCAGCAAUCCAAAAUAACUCCACUUCUGGCUAGAGUCCCUUGAGCCUUUGAAAGAUUGGGCCUGCCACCUAGCUGGCACCCAGGUAGGGCCACCAUCUCUCUGAGGAGGGAAGGAACAUAUUUCACCCUUGCACCCCCUGCUCUUGGAGAAUAUACGGCCUGUUCUCACUGCACUCAUUCAGACUCCGGCUUUGGCUUCGUGGUCUCCCUCCCUCCAUUCUUCCCCUGCCUUGACCAUGAUCAGUUAGGGGUGAGAAGAGCUUAGAAGAGCCACACUGGGGUCUUCAUGCCUCUCCCAUUUUAGGGGUUGAAUUUUGUCUUUUCUCCACUCAGUUCACUCUUCAGUCCCGACCUUACUUCCACCACAGUGAAAGCACCAGAUGUAACUUUUUCAGCUGACUUGUAUGGGUUAACUUCAGUCCGUUGUAAAUACACCUGGGGUGGGAUAGGGACAUUUAGGGAGGGGGAGCCAGAUUCGCUUUGUGAAUUGAAUGUAUUUUUAUGCAAUUUUGAGUGGCCUUUCAACCCUGAGAUGAAUGAUUUUGUUUUACUGAUUGUUACUAUAUAGUAUUAUUAAGUAUUCUGUGUUUGAAAGUUUGGGAAUAAUAAUAUUCACAUCUAUAUGAUGCCUGUAAACACAACCAUAUUUAUAAAUGAGUAAAUAAAACCGUGUUUUAACUUUG